AUGUCUCAACACGCAUGCGACUUGACCCCAGAGCACCCAACCGCCGCCAAUGAAGAUCCAAUCUGGGAUUUUAUCAGUCUGGACCUCGAUGCUGGCACUACUUCUCCCACCUCAUGGGCAAUGGACACCUUUAAUCCUUACGAGUAUCAGCAACUUCUACCUGAGCAAUCCAGCCCACCCACUGCACCGCAGUUGAGCUCGUUCGGUGAGGUGGAAAGCAUGUUACUCUCUUCAUGCGGAAUGGAUGUAGUAGGAAAGUCGCUUGGCUUGAUCGAACAGAACUCUAUGCCGCCAAUACAUCAGAAACCUCCUCAGGAGUGGAUAUUGCCGCCAGACGUCGGAACCGCUUGCAAAAUGGGGCAUAGCAGACAGAUUGAUUCCCCGUAUUUGUCCCUCGAACUGCAAGACAAGUUGGUUCAGCUGUUCAUGACGAGUGUGUAUAUCUUAUGCCCCGCCAUGAAUGCAGCGGAGUUUUACCGGUGGUAUCAGACCAGAUAUAACGUUCCUGACGACAGUUCCCUGAAGUCGCUGGUGUUGCAAGCCGUCCUUUUUGUCACUUUCCCGCACCUGAGCGACGAGGAGAGGCAAGACUCGGGCCUAGGGACGGUACCACAAGCACAAAAGGUCUUGUUCGAGUAUACACUCAGUCUGUACCAGACAGCAACUCUCACCAAAGAAGGCCACGUGGCGCUGACACAGACAGCCCUGCUUCUGAGCCACUGGAGCCCGUACAACAGCUCCAGAGAAGUGAACAGCUUCUGGAUCGACGAGGCCUUCCGUCAUGCAAUCCUGGGACGUCUAUACAGUAGCACCGAUUGUCACGACGUUCGUACAUGGUGGUGCUGUGUCGUUCGAAACCGGGUUCUCGCUCUGGCACUCUGCCGCCCCAACAAGUUGAGAAGGAUUGCACCGGGAAAACUCCCCGAAUUCUGGGCUUGCGAGCGUAAUCCGACGUUGCCUCAGUCGAAAUGCCACCCAAAAGAGGACGUGGAUCAGAUCUUUGUUGCCAUAUGUAUGCUGUCAAACAUCAUGUGCGAGAUACUGGCUCUACAGAGCAGCGUCGGCCGCCUCGACAGUGCAAGCUCACUACGGGAGAGACAGAAACUGGACAAUGAGCACAUGAGGCAGGUCACGGAUCUUGAAUUCCAUCUCCAGAUGUGGGCGGAAUACUAUGAAACCACUCUGUCUGCCAUCGACCAGGACAGCCUGUCGCGCUUGUCCAAGGUCCACCUCUUGAUUCCUCGAAUCAUCUUCACGUCCACCAAAGCCUCACUUUACGAAUCCCUAAUCCGCUCUUCGCACACCAGCAGACCUAUCUCGCGGCUCUUACACAAAUACGCCCUGAGCAGCUUGAUGGAAGUCUCCGAGGCUGUUUCUAUCCAGGCCGGCGAGCUCCUCAAGAUUGCAAAGACCGAGGACAUCCCCCUUGUUCUACCUGCCUGGCUUAUACUGCCUGUUGCAGUCCAUCUCAUGCGCAUGAACAGCAAGCUUACAGACUACACGCCGAUUGACAUUCGACGAUUCGGAAACCUCAUGCGGCUCCUUCACGCGAUGAACACUCGGUUCGAAGGCGUGCAGUACGUCACCAAGGUCAUUCAAAAUAUGAUUGAUGCUCUCACCAGCAGCGCUCGGGACGGCAUCAGUGAGGAAGUCAACCAGUUACAAGGUAUGACGGGGCGAAUCGACCUGUUACAACGCGCGCAAGCUGUCGAGACCGUUCUCCUGACCAAGGCCGCCGACAUGAUCCGCUCAGCCCUGGGCCAUGAAGAUUCGGCAUCGAUAGCGACAGGAACACGGUUAUGA